CUUUUGGGCUAAUGCUUCUUUUUGUCUAUUUACUUGAUAGGAAUUAUAGUAUAUUGUAAAUAUGCAAGUAUUUGGGUUAACUCACUCACUUUCAGUAACUGCUUUAUCCUUGUCAGGGUCGUAGUGGAUCCGCAGCCUGUCCCGGGAACACUGUGCGUGAUCUGGGAAUACACCCUGGAUGGGACACCAGCUCAUCUCAUGUCACCAUGCAUGCACACACACUCACAACUAGGGGCAAUUUAUCUUAACCGAUCCACCUACUGGUAUGUUUUUAGAUAGAGGGAGGAAACCAGAAAACUCUGAGGAAACCCCCAUGGACACCGGGAGAACAUGCACAGAAUCUCCACACACAACCACUAGAAAAUCUUCAAGUUUUGAUAUGCACUUUUUAAGCAUGCUUUACCUACUUUCCCCUGAAAAGUGUUGUGGCAACACUGCUAAUGUAUGGUCCAUAUAUGUAUGCCAGGUGUUCAAAAACUAAGGGUCGUGAUUUACAAAUGCGUUUGCGAGAGAAAAUCUCAAUCUCUUCUUUUGUUUCAUUCAUUUAUUAAUGGAGGCACCAUUUUCUCUUCCUGUAACACGAACAGCGCGCGCCACACUGACAAAAGCAACCCCAGCGUAUUUUUGCAGAGAGAGGGCGGUGUUUCUCAGGGUGCUUUCGAGUCGAGGCGGUGAGCGGAUUCACGCCUCUCCAUGUCAGAUUGUUGUUUUUUUUUUUUUUUGGAGACGCUGAGGGCGCGUGAAGCGUGCGCGUGCUGGCGGAAAGGGGGAAGCUCGCCCUGGGCAACACGCUCGCGCGGACGCAGUGUGUUGUGUGUGUGUGCGCGCAUGUAUAAUGGCUGCCAGAAACAGCCAAGAAAGGAAACAAGUGAAUUUGGGAUAAACUUAACAAAAGCUGAGGAAGAGGAUGGUGAGCAGACAAGCCAAGUACGAGCUGAUUCAAGAGGUGGGCCGAGGCAGUUAUGGUGUGGUGUACGAGGCUGUGGUGCAUCGGACAGGAGCGCGUGUCGCUGUCAAGAAAAUCCGCUGCCACUCGCCUGAGAACGUGGAGCUAGCUCUGCGGGAGUUCUGGGCCCUCAGCAGCAUCCAAAGCCAGCACCCUAACGUGAUCCACCUGAAGGAAUGCGUGCUCCAGAGAGGCGGACUGGCUCAGAGGAUGAACCACGGCUCCGACUCCUCUUCAUACCUGGAGUUGGUGGAAACAUCCCUGAAGGGUGAGCUGGCGUUUGAUGGGCGCCGUUCUCGCUACCUGUGGUUUGUGAUGGACUUCUGUGAUGGUGGCGACCUGAACGCGUACCUGCUCUCGCGCAAACCGAGCCGCCGGACCAACGCCAGCUUCAUGCUGCAGCUGGGCAGUGCGCUGGCCUUCCUGCACCGCAAUCGCAUCAUCCACCGGGACCUGAAACCCGACAACAUCUUGAUCUCGCAGGGUCCGGCCGAGCCCACGCUUAAGGUGGCCGACUUUGGCCUAAGCAAGGUUUGCUCAGCAUCAGGUUUGGACCCAGACGAGCCGGCGAGUGUUGAACGCUGCUUCCUGUCCACAGCAUGUGGCACUGACUUCUACAUGGCGCCUGAAGCACGCGAGGGCUGCUACACGGCCAAGGCAGACAUCUUCGCGCUGGGCGUGAUCAUCUGGGCAAUGGUGGAGCGCCUGACGUUUGUAGAGGCGGGCACACAGCGCGAGCUGCUGGGCAGCUACGUGCGCCACGGCGAGGUCAUCGUGCCGCUCGGCGAGGCGCUGCUCGAGAACCCCAACAUGGAGCUUCUGAUCCCAGCACGGAUGAAAAGCAUGAGCGCCGGAAUGAAGCGGCUCAUCAGGGAGAUGUUAGCGGCCGACCCGCGCCAGCGGCCCGACGCCUUUGAGCUCGAGCUCAGGCUGGUCCGUAUCGCCUCCAGGGAGCUGGACUGGGACACGUGAGGAGUGUUCAUAGAUAAUGUGAAUAGAAAUGUUUUUUUUUUUGUUAUUUUUAUUAUUAUUCCUUUUUUCAUCUAACCAAGCAAAAUGAACAUACAGAUAAUUGCGUGGUUAAUACUUUUCCUGCUUUGUUCACAAGCACAAGUGAGCAAUGUUUUAUGAGGUAUACUGGGCUUGUAGAUGAAUAAGCAUUUUGUAUAUGCUGUGCUUCGUGUGCAUUGCCUCCAGAGAGAUGGCACUGGCACGGGUAAGGACGUACAUGGAAAACCUCUUUCUUUCUUUUUUUCUCUCUCUCUUUAUCCUUAUACCAUCAAACCAAACGAAUACACAUUUCCUGCCUUUUUUUUUCUUCACUUUUGCUCCACAUACACACAAGUGGUCAAUACUAUACAGUGAGUUGACUGGCUUAAUGGAGUAAAUAAAUGUUACCAUACCUGUUAUGGUAAAUAUACCAUCUAGAUAAUUUAUAUGGUAAGUGUAUGUGUGUGUGACAAGCACAUGGGAAUUGUGGGUCUUGCUUUAUGUCACACUGUGUGUCCAUGGAAUACAGCUGCUGAUCCACACCUUUCUUUUUUUUUUUUUCUUCUUCUUCUUUUGUUUCUGGACAAAGCCCACACACAGAUCAGACUUUUUGACCCCGAGCUAAUCAUACAAGCACCCUCGCAGAGCACAGCAGUUUAAUUGGGCAUACCGCAGUCUGCUUUGCAAAAGAAACCGGUGACAGGUUUUCCCCCGGUGCUUCCAGCUUUUGUAGGGAGCAUCGAUUUUGUCCACUUUGACAGCCUGAAUUUAGCUUGCCGGAAUUUUGCCUGCCUUGCUCUUGGUGCUAACGUAGACGCAACACAAACCCAAACACAGGGAACGCAUCCAACUCCUCCAUGUUCAAAUCUUAAACCCAUGUUUGCUGACGGAUCAAUAGUUUCACUGUAUUACUUUCUCAGGAUUAUACACUUUGUAUAUUUGAUCUUAUCUUAAGCGUUACUCACGUUUUCCUAGUCAGUGCGAAUUGCAAGAAUACUGUGGAUGGAGUUUUGCAGGCAGAGGAAGUACAUACGAGCUGAUUUCUCAUCCAAGUUUGAUCCAUAAA